GGGUCUUCUUUUGAACAUCUAUGAGAAGCUGUUGACCAUCAUUAUUGCAGUUGGUAUGGCUCCAACAAGGGAUGUGUUGACAGUCUUUGGCGAGAGUUUCCCACCAGACUACUUCAGCGUGGACGACUGGGAAUACUACAAUGUUGGCUUCACGUCCAUUCCUGAGAAUCCCGGCGGCGGAGCAAUCACAGGCUACGGCUACAAUGGCAAGGGCCAAGGUAAACCCUCGGAUGGCAAGGGAUCGGCAUCGGCCAGUGGCGACGGACCUGUGAGCUUUUCAGCGUUGCUGCUGACCUACUUGCAGAGCACAGAUUUGGUUGUGCAUGGCAGGAAUGUGCAAGCACUACGUGCAAUGGAGAUCGCAUUGCAAA